AUGAAUUAGGUGUAAUAGGAGCAAUCAGCUUUUGAUAAAGUUUCCUUAUUUACUGUUGUCUCCCUAUCAUUAGUAAGCUUUUUAUUUUACUAAUUCACAUCAAAACCAGAACUCUAUGGAGGGGAUGGGUGUAUAGCAUUAAGAGAAUGUGCAUAUUUUAUAGUUUGGCUAUACAUAGUGUAUGUCAUUAUAAUUUGGUAAAUCUUUAUACAAUUUAAACUAGCAUAAUGAUUUAAUGGAAAAUCUCAUCCAAUUCCAAGAUAAAGCUGUAUGUAUCUGGAAUUUUGCUGAUUGGAUUUAUCAUUAGCAAUAUAUUUUUAAUUAUCCAAUAUUUUAAAAAUGAACCUUGCAAUUUAUUAAGAUAUGUUAUCUUUUGGUAUUUGAUUCUAAUGUCUAUCACAUUUUUGUUAUUUAUGAGUAUAGUGGGAGCAAUAAUUUAUAUGAUGUGA